AUGCCUUCAAGUGAAGGAUUGCAACAAAGAGAGAAUUCCAGCAGCAAUAGUCCUCCAAGUGGCGAGGAUUUGGAACAGCUGAACCACCAGUUUAAUUCAUUCAGAGUUCGCAUUCCCCUGACCGGCAACCGCAGAACCCGCGCGGCCAUGGCGACUCCGCGGCAAGACCGGGCCGGCAGCCAGGACCUUGGGCCAGAUGAGCAGCACGACCACAUUAGAUGGUCAAACGAAAAUGAUCUCAGCAUUAUCCCUCGAGUGCUGACCAAUGAUCCGUUCAACGCGGUCUCAAGCACGUUUUUCAGAAAUCACCCGGAACACUGCAUGAACGGCGAGCUUUCGGACUGCAUCCGGGUAAUGGGGCUCAUGGGGCUCAUGAACAAGAACAUGGCCGACAAAAGGGCCGAGAUCGCUGCUCCUAAGCCUGCUGUCGGGAAACGCACGUUUUCGCAGAUAGGAGAAGCGGCAAGACCGGCUGGCGUGCAGCGCAGCAGCUUUGUGCAGCCGGGAAUGACGUAUAUCUUGCGCAACGAUGAUGAUAUCUCCUCGGAGCUACGAUUUACAGAGCUGUUUCAGGACGAGCUCAAGGUCAAGGGAACGAUCCAGACGGGCCGCGCAGGCGUCGAGUUUGUUGGGAAGAUUGUGGAUUUUAUAGAGAACGACCUGCGCAGCGGCGACGGCUCCAAGAUGGGCAUCGAGGGCUCUGUUUUCAGCAACUUGCUGAGAAAUACGCUCUGCUUCGAUAAAGAUUUCCGCAAGUACAUUGGCAGACAUAAGCGCAUGAACGACGACGACCCGAACUGGAAGCCGUUCUAUUUGGACAAGUUUGGGUAUCUGAAGAGCAACGGGUCGCGCACCACGGGCCUACCAAAGCCGAAAGAGACCAAGUUCCCCAAUUCUUCGAUUUUCCACAAGAUCACCAACAUGUGUGGCAACAAGGGAUGCACGUACAAGUGUCUGGCCAAAUGGUUUGAUCUGCCGCCGUUCAACGAGUUUGUUAACACGCCGGCUCCGCCUACGCCCCCGGGUGGCAGACGCAAGACUAUGAACAACCCGGAGAACCUGCUCGUGUGUCCGCACUGCCAGGACCUGAUUAUGGAGAAUUUCAUCCUAAUCAAGCUGGAGGUGGACAUCGAGGACCUGCUUCGCGACUCACGCUCGCCCAGCACCGACCUCAAAAUUCGAAACGACAUGCGGUACAAGCGGCGCAGACGGCUCAAGCCGCUGACGACGUACGCCGGCGUCGGGAACUCGUCGCUGGAGUCCGCAUCGAAUCCCGCCUCCGCAAUCUCGGUCCCGCUCACACACAUCGGCCGCCCGCAGUACUACAACAACGAGCACACUAGAGGAUUUAUAUUUGGCACUGGACAUCAGCAUUUCAUGGAGAAUUUACGACAACGAGACGAGAACCGCGCGCGCCGCAUCCGGCUGCUGGACUACCUGGUUUCGCGACAGCAAUGGCGCCACGACUCGGACCUACCGCCACCGUUCCAUUUCCGGCAGCAAGCAAGUAGCGGCGAAGGAUACUCGACAGACUCGGAUUUCAGCGACGACGAACUAGAGCGCAAUUUUAUCGUCGAGAACUUGGACGACGAAGACGACGCAUUUGAAGACGACGAUGAAGAAAACGAAGACGACGUGGGCAUCGAGGAGCUGUACGACGUGGAGCUCUCGAGCGGGCGGUCGCGACGCAUCGAGAACUUGCUGUUCGAACGCAACAUUAAUAGAGAGCAGCAGAACCACCGAAGAGGCCACGUUCUCGCACGCAAGCUCUACAAAAACAGCGGCAGCAAGCUGAAACUGCAUUUAUACGUGUCGAUCAACCGGCUCACGGGCGAGCUGUUCAUGAUACCCGGGAAUUUGGACCGCAACAACUGGAGCUCUGAGGAAAACGACGGCGAGCUGUUCGAGGACUAUCAGACAUUUUUGAGGAUCUACCGGCUCUUCAACGACGACGGCGUGCGUUCGCGCGAAGAGAGCUCGAAACAGUACCGCGAGUUCCACGAAUACCUGCAAACUAACAAGCAGUGCGAACGGCAGCGGGUGCAGAAGCUGCUCCUUCUGAACUUGAUCACCAACCCGAACCUGUACAUGUUCAAGCCAGAAAUCAAGCCCAUCCCUUACGACGUGUCGACGCCGCUGCCUGUGGUUGUAUCGCCCAACGUGUUGCCGCCGAUGGGGGCCCCAUUCAACAAGCGCAAAAACAAGCAACACGAGGAGGAAGAGGCCCAGAUGAAGGACACUUUGAUCCAAUACCUGAACGAAAACGUCAACUUCUCGCACGACCACACCAAGGUGCUGAAAUUCAGCCCGAACUACUCCAACCGGCUCAAUCUGUUUGGUUCAUUGUACUCAUUUAGCUACUCGUGA